GUUGAGAUGGAGGCAGCAGAUGAAUCUGCAGUGGAGGCCACUUCAGAAGAAAUGGAAAAACAGCAGGAACCAGUGGAGGAAGUAGAGUCUGAGAUACAGGUGCCUUCACGCAGCAAAUGGGAAGAAAUGGAGCCAGCGGAGGACAAACUGAAUAAACUUGACGGUAUCCGUCUGAUGAAAGGCAAGAGGAAACGACAAGAGUCGCCGCCGUUGCAUUUGAGUGAUGAUGAUGAUGACCCGUACGAUGAACGUGAAGAAGACAUGCGCAUUGGAAAUUCGGUGGGCGGAUCUGGAGGAGAAGAAAGAGUUGGAACACAGAAGAAGGAUCGGUUUUUGUAUAGGUACCGACUGGAGCUUGUUAACGGAUCCUCAAGCGGAAAUUCCCCGUAUGUAGGGAUAGAGUAUGGUACCUCUGGAGAAUCGUCCAAGCGUGUGGAGCCCCAAACAGGAGAUCAUGACAAGAAAUCAGACAAAAUUCGUUGGGACUUCUUCAUUUAAGCUUGUGCCCCUUAAGAUGAACCCUUUUGUACAAUGUUUGUCAUACUGCGGUUUUUUUUAUAUUCUAAGCUUUGAACUAGACUCGUGAUUUCUAUUAAAAGACUCCGAAAUCCGCCGUCCCACAGGAAAAAUGUUUUGAUGGACAGCUCUUCGUGGCCAGAGGAUUAAUGGGCUGUUAGGGAUUUGUUGAAUAAUUCUUAAGCCAAAAAAAUUAAAUCAUUUUAAAUCAGUUUAAAACCAUGUUUUCCUACCAACAGAAAAAAGGUUAAGUAGUGUGUAUAGUUGCUUGGAAUGUUUCAUAGAUUUUCUAAUAAAUAUAAGAAACGUUG